UGCGUCUCGUAAGGCCCAUUUAAGGGAAGCCCUCCCUAACAAGAUUUUUUCUAUACCCACGGCUCAAACCCUAGUACUCUAGUUAAGGGACUGAUAUAGGAAAGUUUUUAGGUAAUUUUUCAGCCUUUAUUUUGAAAAAGGCGCCGACCGAAACCCUUUGAUCCUAUAUUUAUCUCUUUACUCUCAUUUCUUGAGAAUUUGUUCAUCAAAAGAAUUGUGGGUUUCGUUUGAAUCUACUGUCAAAAUGUACCUUUGGCCCAGAGAGAAACAAAUACAGUCUAUCUCUGACUUCACACAAGCUGAGAUCGAAAAAAUGGAGAACAUGCUUAAUGAAUCAAGAGAACAAGUCUGUGAUCCGGAAAUCUGCAAGAAAUUGGCAAAGAUGUUCACGCGCUCUAAAGGACGUGCCGGAAAACCAGUUGUUAAGUGGACUGAGGUCCAAGCUUGGUUCCAGAACAGGUUGGCAUGCUGUCCAUCAAAGGAUAAUUCAGCUGAAGCCAACCAAAAACUGCCUGAUAUUACAGAAGGAAGCACUUUGAAUAAAGCAAAUGAAAGCUCACAUAUUCCAAAAGGCCAACAAGUUCCAGCGCUAUCAGACUUGGAAUUUGAGGCUAGGUCUUCAAAAGAUGGGGCAUGGUAUGACAUUGAUACAUUUAUCUCUCACCGCUCUCUUAACUCGGGAGAACCUGAAUUUCUUGUAAGAUUCGUGGGCUCUGAAUCAGAGGAGAAUGAAUGGGUAAAUGUAAAGAAGCAUGUCCGUGAGCGUUCCGUUGCUCUUGAGGAUUCAGAAUGUAACAAAGUGAAAGUUGGGGAUCUUGUUUUGUGCUUCCAGGAGGGGAAGAACCAGUCAAAAUAUCUUGAAGCUCAGGUUAUAGAAAUUCAAAAGAAAUUGCAUGACAUAAGAGGCUGCAGAUGUCUAUUUGUGAUUCGAUACACUCAUGAUGACAUUGAGGAAACGGUUCGUUUGAGGCGGAUGUGUGUUCGACCAAGCAUAUUAGGGCGUCCUUGAAUAUAGUAACAUGCAGCAUAUGCUGCUCAAAUGCUCAAUCAUAGAAUUUAUUCCGAUGAAGAAGAAAGAAGUCAGAUGAUCGUCCUGGUCAUCCUUCCGGAUUCUCUAUCUGAGAAUAGCCAACCCCAACUUGUUUGGGACCAAGUCAUAGUUGUUGUACUCUAUUUGAUAGAUGGAAACGAAAUUUGUGAAUUGCUGCCCUCAUAGCUAUCAAAUUGGAGUACAUCUUGUUUAGCUUUUUCUUGCCAACUAUUGUUAAUUAUGAGCUCUAAAAACGGCAUGCUAAAAAUGUCAUUAUUUGACUGUUAUAGUGGUUGAAACAA